UUUUGUUGUCAAAAAAGAAAAAGAAAAGAAAACAACAAGAAAACGAAAAUGGAUAAAUUAUAACGAAGUGCGGCGUUUUUACUUCGCUAAUAUCAAUUAUAUUCAUUUAAAUAUGAACUAUAAUUAUAACCAUUUAGUGGAACUAAACACUGCGGAAGUUUGAAUUUAAAUGAAACUUUUGAACUGCGUCUCUUAUAAAUCAUGACAGUUGUAAAUAUAAUUUCCAAAUUCGUUCCCGGAAUAAAGUGGUUAAAUGGAUACAGUGUGCAGUUUGCUAUAUCUGAUAUGAUAGCCGGUAUUACAGUUGGCUUAACUGUUUUACCACAAGGGCUAGCAUACGCAACUCUAGCAGGACUUGAACCUCAAUAUGGCUUGUAUUCUGCUUUUGUGGGAGGAAUUUUGUAUGCCUUGAUGGGUGGAUGCUGCCAGGUGACGAUAGGUCCGACUGCUCUUCUAGCCUUAAUUACCAGUAAACACACUGGUUUGGGUUUGGCGUCGGGACCAACAUAUGCCAUUUUAUUAUGUUUUAUAUCAGGGAUUAUUGAAUUGCUGAUGGCACUGUUAAGGCUUGGAGCACUUGUAGAUUUAAUAUCCUUACCAGUAACAGUUGGUUUUACAUCUGCUACUGCUGUCAUAAUAGGAACUUCUCAAUUAAAGGGAUUACUUGGCUUAAAAGGAGGAUCAGGUUCGGAUUUUAUAAAUACAAUUAAGUCAGUGUUUACAAACUUGGAUAUGGUUCGUCCUGGAGACAUGACAUUAGGUUUUAUAUCGAUAGUUCUACUGCUUCUUAUGAGAAAACUUAAAGACAUUAAAUUAUCUGAAAGAGUAAGCGGACACAAAUUAUUCAAUGGCAUUUUUUGGCUUUUAGCUACUGCUAGAAAUGCUUUGAUAGUACUUAUUUCAAGUACACUCGCCUAUUACACUUGUCAAGGAGAAUCGUGUAUAUUUGUUUUAACUGGAAAGGUAAAGGGCGGCUUACCUGAUUUUAGUUUGCCUAGUUUUAAUACAACUAUUUUAAGUGAAAAUAAUACUGCAAUUGAACAAAAUUUCACAGAAAUGAUGAAUGAGCUGGGAUCUUCUAUCAUUAUUCUACCUGUUAUAGCUGUGUUGGGAAAUGUUGCAAUUUCGAAAGCAUUUGGAGGUUCUGGAAUAAGUGCGACACGUGAAUUAGUGGCAUUAUCACUAAGCAACAUCUGUGGUUCCUUCUUCAGUUCAAUUCCUGUGACUGGAUCAUUUUCACGUAGUGCAGUCAAUCAUGCAAGUGGUGUAAAAACACCAAUCGGUGGUAUUUACACUAGUGCUUUGGUAUUGCUGGCUUUGGCAGUUCUGACACCUUACUUCAGAUACAUUCCCAAAGCAGCUUUGAGUGCUGUAAUAAUUUCAGCAGUUAUCUUUAUGAUAGAAUUUGAGGUCGUGAGACCACUGUGGCGCUGCAGUCGUCGAGAGCUUUUCCCUGGAGCCAUAACAUUUAUAUUUAGUUUGACAUUAGGCGUAGAGGUUGGACUUUUACUUGGCGUUGCCACAGAUGUUGCGUUCUUAGUUUAUCGAGUAGCUAGACCACCAUUGGGUGUGACAAAAGCUAAGACAAGAAAUGGCAUUGAACAUAUUUUAGUUCGACCAAGUUACAGCUCAGUUUAUUUUCCUGCCAUAGAAUGGUUAAGAAAUGAAAUUUCAAAAGCAAUUUCCUCAUUUGGAAUCUAUCCAGUUGUAUUAGAUUGCACAAAUAUAUAUGAUUUUGAUUUUACUGCAGCACGAGGCAUGGGAGCUUUGUACAAAGAAUUAUUGGGCAUAAAAGUUCCUUUUUAUUUGUUAAAAGCAUCCAAAGAAAUUGAUUUAAUAUUAAAAGAAUCUACGGACCAAAAUAUUCCCAGUAUAGAAAAUGUAGAAGAGUUAGAAUCACUACUUGAACAAAGUCCUGAGUAUGAGUAUUACUUACAAGUGACCGUUCCAUUGGUUCCAGAUGUAGAAGAACAUGACAAAGUAAAUUAGUUUAUAGACAAAAAAUUUUAUAUUAUUGUACAAUUUUAUUAAUAUUUACGAUUUAAGUAUUACUACAAAAUAUAAGCUCAGAUCAAAUUUUA